AUGGCCCGCUCACGACAGCCGGCUCGGUUUUCGAGCGAAGCUCCCUCCGAAUCCUCCUCCGCCACCUCCCCCGAUCGCACCGUCGACGACGAUACCGACUUCUUCACAGCCCAGGCCAACGACUCACAGUCCUCCAUCGGCGUCGCAAAUUCCCGCGACAUUCACCUUCACGAUGACGUCGACAUGAUGGUCCCGCCGAUCGCCCGCCUCCCCCCCGAGAUCCUGAUCGCCAUCUUCGCCAAGCUCAGCGCGACGGCCGAUAUGCUGAGCUGUAUGCUGGUCUGUCGCGGCUGGGCCGCCAACUGCGUCGGCAUCCUCUGGCACCGACCGUCCUGCAACAGCUGGAAGAACAUGGCGAGCAUCACGGCCUCGGUGGGCAAGAUGAACGGCUCCUUCUCCUACGCGGAGCUGAUCCGACGGUUGAACCUCUCGGCCCUGACCGACGAUGUCAGCGACGGCACCGUCGUCCCUUUUGCCCAGUGCAACCGCAUCGAGCGUCUGACCUUGACCAACUGCUCCAAGCUCACGGACAAGGGCGUCUCGGAGCUGGUUGAGGGCAAUCGACACCUGCAGGCUCUCGACGUCUCCGAUCUCCGGUCCCUCACGGAUCACACCCUUUUCACGGUGGCAAAGAACUGCCCGCGGCUCCAGGGGUUGAACAUCACCGGGUGUGUCAACGCCACGGAUGAUUCGCUAGUGACCGUGUCGGAGAACUGUCGACAGAUCAAACGCUUGAAAUUGAACGGCCUGACGCAAGUAACGAACCGGGCGAUCAUGUCCUUCGCGCAACAUUGUCCGGCCAUCCUCGAGAUCGAUCUCCACGACUGUAAACUAGUCAAAAACCCGUCGGUCACGGCGCUCAUGGCGACGCUGCAGAAUCUCCGCGAGCUGCGGCUGGCCCACUGCACUGAGAUCGACGACACGGCCUUCCUCGAUCUCCCCAAGCACCUCUCGAUGGACAGCCUUCGGAUACUCGAUCUGACGGCGUGUGAGAACAUCCGCGAUGACGCCGUUGAGCGGAUUGUCCAGGCGGCACCCCGCUUACGGAACCUGGUGCUGGCCAAGUGUCGCCUCAUCACCGACCGGGCGGUCUGGGCGAUCUGCAAGCUGGGCAAGAACCUACACUACGUUCAUCUGGGGCACUGCUCCAACAUCACCGACACGGCGGUCAUGCAGCUCGUCAAGUCGUGUAAUCGGAUCCGGUACAUCGAUCUGGCCUGCUGCAACAGUCUGACGGACCGGAGUGUCCAGCAGCUGGCGACGCUACCCAAGUUACGGCGGAUCGGGCUGGUCAAAUGCCAGCUCAUCACCGAUCAGAGUAUAUUGGCGUUGGCGCAGCCCAAGGUCUCCCAUCCGACGGGUGUCAGCAGUCUGGAACGGGUGCAUCUCAGUUAUUGUGUGCAUCUGACGAUGCCGGGCAUCCAUGCCUUGCUCAACCAUUGUCCCCGUUUGACCCAUCUGAGUCUCACGGGCGUGGGGGCCUUCCUUCGGCCCGAGCUCACGGUCUUCUGCCGCGAGGCACCCCCCGAGUUUACGCACCAGCAGCGGGAGGUAUUCUGCGUCUUCAGCGGCGACGGGGUCAAUCGACUGCGCGAUUUCCUCAACGGGGUGAUGGAGCCGCCCCGCGACCUGACCGAAGCGACUAUGUACGACGACGACGAAGAGUUGGAUGAGGAGGAGGGCCAGGUGACGGGCCUGAUGCAUGCGACGGCGAUUAACGAUGAUGACUAUAUUGACGUCGGACAUACCCAUGAGUUAUAUACGCAUGGCGUGUCUUGUCUUUUAUGUUCCGUUCUUAUCCUGUCCUCCCGGGCCAAUCCACUGGCCUUCACCCCAUGGCCGGUCACCUUGAUUACUACCCUCGUCUACCUCGCGCUGGUCAUCCCCGUUCUGGUCAUCCACAACGUCGUUCCAACCCCCCCACGGUCGAACCCGAAAGGCCUAGAUAUCGCCGAAGCAUGGGCCGACCUGCAGUACCUAACCAACGGGUUCCAUCCAUACAAUUCGCACCGCAACGAUGAAGUGCGCGACUACCUCCUCCAACGCAUCCACGAAAUCGUCGACGACGCCCCCUCCCCAGAGUCCUACCAAUCGGCCGGCGACGAAAAGCCCGCCGUCUUCGUCUUUGACGACCUGCGCUCCAACCUAACCUUUGCGGACGGCGCCACCGGCACAGGCGUCUACUUCGAAGGGACCAACAUCAUCGUCUACGUGCGCGGCACCGACGACGACCGCGAACACUGGUGGGAGGAUGGUGACAAGGAGGACGCCCCCAGCCGCGGCGGCGUGCUGGUCAACGCGCACUACGACAGCGUGUCGACCGGGUUCGGCGCCACCGACGACGGCGUCGGCGUCGUGACCUGCCUGCAGCUGCUGCGGUACUUCACGACGCCGGGCCACGCGCCGCGUCGUGGUCUCGUCGUGCUGCUCAAUAACGGCGAGGAGGACUAUCUGAACGGCGCGCGCGUAUUCAGCCAGCAUCCGAUCUCGCGCCUCCCGCGCACCUUUCUCAACCUUGAGGGUGCCGGCGCGGGAACCCGCGCCAUGCUGUUCCGCACGACGGAUGAGGAGGUCACGCGCCACUAUCGGAGGGCGCCCCAUCCGUUUGGGUCGGUGUUGAGCGCUAAUGGGUUUGAUAUGCGGUUGAUUCGCAGCCAGACGGAUUACGUCGUGUUCAAUGGGGAUAUGGGCAUGCGCGGACUCGACGUCGCGUUCCUUGAGCCGCGCUCGCGGUAUCAUACGGAUCAGGACGACGCGCGACAUACUAGCAAGGGCUCGCUGUGGCAUAUGCUGUCGGCGGCGGUGGGGACCACGCAGGGCCUGGUGUCCGAUCCGAGCGAGCAGUUUGAUCGGCCGGUGCAGGGCGGGGAUGGCGCGGGCGCGUCCGGUUCCAAGGGGGUGUGGUUCGAUCUGUUUGGGAGCGCGUUUGUUGUCUUCCGCCUGCAUACGCUGUUUGCGAUCUCGGUGACGCUGCUCGUCGUGGCGCCGCUGGUGCUGCUCGCGACCGGCGUCGCGCUGACCAGGGCUGACAAGAUGUAUCUGUUUCGGUCGGAGGCGCGGUCGCCGGACCGCCUCGAGGGCGUCCCGCUGCAGGGCCUGCGGGGGUUCUUCCGGUUCCCGUUCCUGCUGGCCAUCCCGACGGUCGUCACGGUCGGCCUGGCGUACCUGGUGACCAAGAUCAACCCGUACGUCAUCAACAGCAGUGAGUAUGCGGUCUGGAGCAUGAUGGUGGCGGCAUGGGUUUUCCUGGCGUGGUUUGUCUCCCGCGUGGCGGACUUUGCGCGGCCGUCGGCCUUCCACCGCGUCUACACUCUGACCUGGAUGUUUGCGGUGUACUGGGUGCUGCUGGUCGUGAUGACAGUCUACGCGAACCGCGACGGGCUCGCCGGGGGGUACUUUAUCUUCUUCUCGUUUGCGGGGGUGUUCGUCGCGACGUGGAUCGGGUACCUGGAGAUGUUCGCGCUCCCCCGACGGUCCGAAUACGCCAGCCUCAUGCACCCGCCGUCGCGACACACCAGUACCUACGGCAGCCGGCUCGGCACAGCCGCCUCAGGCGACGACCCGGAGACCGAGCACGACGAUAGCGACGAGGAGCACGUCGUCGAAGAGGAACCGACGGAGUCGACGUCCCUGCUAGGCAGCGGCCCACGGACAACAUUCGCCAACUACGUUCGGGUAGGCCACACAGACAGCCACGGCGACGAGGCAGAGACAGGCGACCCGCACGUCUACGGGCACGAGCAGCCCUGGAGCGCAAACCUCCUCCAAUGGAGCUGGGCAGUACAAUUCCUGCUCGUCGCGCCGAUAACACUCAUAAUGGUCGGCCCGCUCUCACUCCUACUCACCAGCGCGCUGCACCAGACGGGCCCCGACGGCAGCUCCUCGCUGUUCAUCUACAUCGCACUCGCCAGUCUGACGACGUUCCUCCUGACCCCGCUCCUCCCCUUCAUCCACCGCUUCACCCACCACAUCCCCGUCUUCCUCCUCGCCGUCUUCACCGGCACACUGAUCUACAACCUCGUGGCAUUCCCCUUCUCCGACUCCAGCCGCCUCAAGCUCUUCUUCAUCCAGGAACUCGACCUCGACACGGGCUCUACCCGCGCUUCCCUAACAGGCGUGGCCCCAUUCGUCCAGAUCGCUGCGAAGGGGCUCCCUAGCGUGCACAGCACGCAAAACCUCACCUGCGACCCCGUCGCCAACCGCCUCCAGUGCAGCUGGCCCGGUCCAGCCCCUAACGUGGUCGACACCACCACCCCAAUGCAAAACUGGCUCCACCUCAACAUUACAAAAGAUGAUGCAUCAUCGAAAUCGAAGUCAGCGCACAUCACCCUCUCGGGUCAAAACACCCGCUCCUGCCGCCUUCUCUUCACCCGCCCAAUCGGCUCAUUUAGUGUGCACGACUCAGCUACCGACCCAGCGCGCUUCCCGGACGGGAGCAGCAACAGUAGCAGUGAGAGCGGCACGAAAGAAAUCCGCCUGUGGAGCCGCACGUGGAAUGCGACGUGGGAAGUGGACGUCUCUUGGGAAAAGAAUGACAAUGGUGAUGACGAUGAGGGGCAGCUUGAAGGCCGCGCGGUGUGUAUCUGGAGUGAUGGGAACAAGGAGGGUGUUAUACCUGCGCUGGAUGAGGUGAGACGGUUCGUGCCGAGUUGGGUGGCGGUUAGUAAGUUGAGGGAUGGGUUGGUUGAGGGAGGGAGGGGGUUUACUUUAUCUUGACUUGGCUGGGAUUGAUAUGAGCGGUUUUCUGAUUGAGUUUGUUGCGGUUGUUAUACUAUCAUUUAUAUUGUUGUUGAUUGAUUUAUUGAUAUGGUAUGGUAUGGUAUGGUUGAUGUAGUCGAUAUGAUGGUAUGAUGGUGGAUACUGUGUGUAUGGACCAUGCUUUAUUUAAUCCAUGGAUAGGGUAGCGUUAUUCAUAUCUAUUAUCAACAUUUAUUUUUAUUA